ACGGUCUCUGCGGGAAAAGUCAGCCUGCUAAAUCGAGCAAUGCCUAAUCGCUCAUCCGCUAUUCCUCGGCCCAACUGAGUGGAGCAAACUACAAUAUGUGUGCAUUUGUGCGCCGUUAAAAAUAACUGUUGUUUUAUUUACCCGUUACUUACCUGGAUAUAAAAGUGCGGCCGGAUUCGGGUCUGUUGUUUUUUAGCGGCAGCUAUCCACGGAAGAAAAAUACGCUGUUAGUUUAGUAGCCUGCUAGCUAGCCGUAGCUAAUUUUUAAUGUGGUGCUAACGGCUAACGAUUUGGCUUCAGUGUUAGAUGUUGCGUUUGUAAAUGUUUCUUUAAGAUAUCCGUUUACGUAUGAAAUGGCCAUGUGUUGCAGCUAAUAUAAUUGUUUGCUUAGUCGCAGGACGAAUGGCGCUGAUAAAGGAUGUUAUAUUUAGUUGUGAAUGUUGACACUCCACAGUGUAGCUUGCCACCUGAUACUGUUACCUGAGUGUAACUUACUCCGCUAGCCACGUAAACUGCUCCUGCUACGUCAACACCAAGCAGGAGCAGCUAGCUUGCCUGUGCUGUCAGGCUAGUUACAUUUCAUGUAAACUGGGGUUACCAAGUCGUUGACAGCCUGCCUAAUAAACCAAGACACCCUCAAGACCAAUGACAUGAACAAUCGGGACUCAAAAUGCUAUAGCUGGACUUGAACGUGUUGCCCGUUCCUUUCCUGGUCCUGUCCUGGUCCCUUGAGCGGAUGAUGAAGCGGGUCAUCUGGCUGAUAUCAGGAUUAAACCGAAGAAUGAUGAAGCUACUAUUUGCUCUCGCUUUGAUCGCCUACAUUGCCUCUGUCUGGGGAACAUAUACGAACAUGAGAUCAUUACAAGAACACGGAGAAAUGAAGAUAGAACAGAGAAUUGAUGAAGCUGUGGCUCCUCUUAGAGAGAAGAUUCGUAAUCUGGAACAAAGUUUUUCUCAGAAAUACCCACCUGUGAAAUUCCUCUCAGAAAAGGAUCGGAAGAGAAUUUUGAUUACUGGUGGGGCUGGUUUUGUGGGUUCCCACCUGACUGACAAGCUGAUGAUGGAUGGCCAUGAGGUGACUGUGGUGGACAACUUUUUCACAGGAAGAAAAAGGAAUGUGGAGCACUGGAUUGGCCACGAAAACUUUGAGCUCAUUAAUCAUGAUGUGGUGGAGCCUCUCUAUAUUGAGGUCGACCAGAUCUAUCACCUGGCGUCUCCAGCCUCUCCUCCCAACUACAUGUACAAUCCCAUCAAAACACUCAAGACUAACACCAUCGGCACUCUUAACAUGCUUGGUCUGGCCAAACGUGUGGGUGCCAGACUUCUCCUUGCUUCUACUUCCGAGGUUUAUGGAGAUCCAGAGGUACACCCACAAAAUGAGGAGUACUGGGGGCAUGUGAAUCCAAUUGGUCCUCGAGCGUGCUACGAUGAGGGGAAACGUGUAGCAGAGACCAUGUGUUAUGCCUACAUGAAACAGGAAGGAGUAGAGGUGAGGGUGGCAAGAAUCUUCAAUACCUUUGGCUCCCGAAUGCACAUGAACGAUGGACGUGUCGUCAGCAACUUCAUCCUGCAAGCACUACAGGGAGAACCUCUUACUGUAUAUGGUACUGGAUCCCAAACAAGAGCCUUUCAGUAUGUAAGCGAUCUGGUGAACGGCCUGGUGUUGUUGAUGAACAGUAACAUCAGCAGUCCAGUCAAUCUGGGGAACCCAGAGGAACACACUAUAUUGGAGUUUGCUCGUCUUAUCAAAAGUCUUGUCGUGAGCCGAAGUCAGAUCCAGUUCCUUCCAGAGGCCCAGGACGACCCACAGAGGAGAAGACCUGACAUCAGAAAAGCCAAGAUGAUGCUCGGCUGGGAGCCGGUGGUGCCCCUGGAGGAAGGCUUGAACAAAACUAUCCAGUACUUCAGUAGGGAACUUGAGCACCAGGCCAACAAUCAGUACAUCCCUAAACCUAAAGCCGCCCGCAUGAAGAAAGGAAGACCCAGACACAACUGAUCCCGGACGGGUUUCCCACCACAGACUCUCCCAAAACACAGAAAGGUGUACAGACUCCUCAGAGGACCCUUGAAGAGCAACUCUCUGAAAAACACUGUUGAGUAGAGUACUCUGUGACGAUGUGUCUUUUUUGAGAAGCAGAGACAACUUUCUCUUUAAAGUCUCUUAAAAAAGAGUUGGAGCUGCAGCUGGUAAGGGCUUCCUUACAAUUGGAUGGCAAGCCUAAUUAAAAAACAGAUAUUUGGGCAUCUGAAACCCAGCCUACCUUUUUUUGUGAAUUUGUGCUUUUGCUAUUUAAAUCGCAGACAUGAGAAGCUUGCAAGCAGCGCAUACUGUGCAUCAGUGCUUCGUGUUUAUUUUAUCAUGGUGUUUUUUCUCCGGAGAUGAGCUGUUUUGUUUUUCCACUGGAUGUUAUGUCCUCUUAUCAGUGGCGUGCCAGCACCCUGUUGGCUGUUCAUGCAGCACACCGCAGGGCUGGGCACAUCUUCUUGAAAGACUGUUACAGCAUCAUCACAUGUUGCAUCGUUGCAUUCUACUUUGUGAAAUCUCAUAUCAGGAUGUGCAUUAUCAAUUUCAGAUAAAGAUGCUAUUUUAAUAAAAUAUUUCCAAUA